AAAUUCCCAGUGAAGCCUGGAAAGGUCAAAAAGGGCUCUUCAUUUAAGAAUCAAAAAUUUAGACUGAAAAUUUAGAAAGGUACAAAGAGGCAAACUGUUCAAGAGGUCAGGCCACAUGACAUAUAAUAAUGCUAUCGAUGCUGGAUCCCAAACUCCAAAAUAAAAGCACCUGCUAUUUGAAUACCCAAGAUAUCCUCAACUACAUACAUAGGGAAGCUAUUCUUAACAAAAGACCUUGAAGGAAAUAAAAGAAAUCGAAUUUGAGUGCUCGACUCUGCCAUUUUAUAUUCGAUUUAGUAUUAUGAUAAUUAUUUCACAUCUGUUAAAUUACUAUUUAAUUGUGGAUUGAAAUGGUAAAUUAGUAAUGGACGGAAUUUAAGUUGUUCUAACAAUACACAUUAUUGAAGAAGCAGCAAAUGAAUGUAAAAAUGAAAAAUACAAGGAAAUAUUGCAGAAAUGUUGAUAGAUAUGAUUGAAAAUUCUAAGAUAAUUUGCUAGCAAGGUCUAAUAAGCUCAUUUAGAUAGUUUAUUAGCACUAUAUUGAUUUCUGCAAGAUGCAAAGUGCAAAUUUGUACCAGAACACUGUUGAGAUUGUAUAUAUAGUGAAGAAUACCUUCUGCAUCAGCUCGAAGCGAAUAUACAAGGUUGAGAAACGUUGCUUGUGCGCUUGUUUAAAAGAGCAAAGUAGAGGAGUGUGGAGGUCCACAAGGAAGAAACACGGUGAAGGUAAGAAAACCAAGAGAAGGAGAAGAAGAUGAAGAAAAAGAACGAAGUGAGGUAGUAGAAGAGAGGUAAAGAGGUAUAUAAUCCAACUAUCCAACACUAUAUUCUCGACCCGCCUGUAUAUAUGCUUGCCUGUCUGUUCAACAAGUCGCUGGAAGAAGUGGAAGAGAAGGUACGCAACGACUGAUAUACCACGUUGAUGGAGAUGGUGGUGGUGGAGAAAGGCAGAAAGAGAGGCAUAGCUGAGAAAGAGAGAUCAGUAUACAGCUUGGACUUAGGUCUUAGGUUGUGUGAUUGCUCUACAGACUUGAUCAGCAACACAAGGUGAGACGUAACACGCGUGGACCAAAAACUUUGGAGCUUUUUUUUUAACUACAUUUUUAAUACUUGUGACUUUUUAUUUUUUUUAUUAAAAACAGUUUUUUGUGAUAAGUUAUUUUUACAUGGAAUUUUUCUGAUAUAACAAGUGUUAAAAGUGUUUCAAGAAGAGUUUUAUUUCAAUUUUUUUUUUACUGCUGAUGAUGAGUACUACGUGUAAAUAUAUAUCGGAGUUUUCUUUUAUGUAAACUGUUAACAAAUUGAUGUGUUAAUUUUUCUGUGCACCUCAAACAUUUCUAUUUUGUGGCUUGAAAUAUAACUGUGACGAUAAUUAUCUUAAAGUAAAUAACAGCAAUCAGGACACGAGAUUGUUUGUGACAAGUCUGAUUUCAAGUGUAUGUACACGUGUGUGAGUAUGUGGGUGUAUAAGAGCUGUCAGUUAUCUUAAAAAAUUAUUCGUUUAGUGCAAUAUUUAUUUUAUUUAUUAUUUUAAACAACUUUUUAUCAAAAAUAACUUGAAUAAUUUCCUCUAUUGGAUGUAUAUAUGAAAAUGUAAAUAACUGCGUGGUUUUCAAAUUGAAGAUGGAUGAACAAUUUCAAAAAAUGAACAAAAUUCGAUAAUGAUGCUUGAAAGUAUGGGCUCAGGAGAGAUAAGAAAAUUAUUCAAAAUUCUAUUAACAUACCCAUACUUGGAUAAAAAGCAACAAGCAUUAUAUUUGGUUAAUUAUAAAGGGCAUGUAGCUCAAUAUGAACCAUCAGCGUGGACAUGAACCAUCAUCAUGGACACUAUCGACCUUUCAUAUUUGUGUGAUUUUUUUUCUGGUUGCUAUCUUAGGUAGCAACCAGACCUCUGCUGAUCCUAGUUCUGAAUUUGUCAAAGGAAAAAUUUGCAUCGGUACCAAUGGACGACUAUCAGUGCCAUCAAAUAAACAACAUCACUACAGAAAUUUACGUGACCGAUACACAAAUUGUACUUAUGUCGAUGGGAAUUUGGAGAUUACCUGGCUACAAAAUGAUAGCUUAGAUCUUAGUUUUUUACAAUAUAUCCGAGAAGUUACUGGUUAUGUUCUCAUUAGCCAUGUGGAUGUACGAAGAGUGGUCUUGCCACGACUCCAAAUUAUCCGAGGACGGACUUUAUUCAAGCUCAACAUACAUGAUAAUGAGUUUGCACUGUUUGUCACCAUGUGUCAGAUGUAUAAUCUCGAAAUGCCAGCACUCAGAGACAUUCUUAGUGGCAGUGUUGGCAUGUUUAAUAAUUACAAUUUAUGUCACAUUAAAACCAUCAACUGGGACGAAAUAAUAACUGGUCUUGGAGGCAGAUAUUUCUAUGUUUAUAAUUUUACAUCACCAGAAAGAACAUGCCCGGAAUGUGAUCGCAGCUGUGAACAAGGAUGCUGGGGAGAGGGUCCAGAAAAUUGUCAGAAAUUUUCUAAAACCAAUUGCUCACCUCAGUGUUGGCAAGGAAGAUGCUUUGGCCCUAAUCCUCGUGAAUGUUGUCAUCUAUUCUGUGCUGGUGGAUGUACAGGACCUAAACAAAGCGACUGUUUAGCCUGUAAGAGUUUCCUUGAUGAUGGUGUUUGCACGUUGGAAUGUCCGCCGAUGCAAAAAUAUAAUCCAACAACUUAUUCAUGGGAGGCUAAUCCUGAUGGAAAGUAUGCCUAUGGUGCAACUUGUGUCAGAAAAUGUCCAGAACAUUUAUUGAGAGAUAAUGGAGCUUGUGUGCGAUCUUGCCCUCCUAAAAAGAAAGCUCUUAAUGGAGAGUGUGUCCCUUGUGAUGGACCAUGUCCCAAAACCUGUCUGGGGGUUGAUCCAAUUCACUCUGGAAAUAUUGAUCAAUUCAGAGACUGUACCAUAUAUGAGGGAUCAAUCAAUAUUAUGCAGCAUACUUUUGAUGGUUAUCAACAUAUUUUGCCAAACUUUACAUUUGGUUCGAGAUAUGGACCUAUGCAUCCAGAUCGUUUAGAAAUAUUUAGCACUUUAAAAGAAGUCACUGGAUAUAUUAAUAUUCAAGCUCAUCAUCCAGCUUUUACUAAUUUAUCAUACUUUAGAAAUCUUGAAAUUAUCGGAGGUCGACAACUUACUGAAUAUUUUGCAUCAUUGUAUAUAGUCAAAACAGCGCUAGUCUCGCUUGGUUUACGUUCGUUGAAAAAAAUUAAUUCUGGAUCAAUUAUUGUUUUGGAAAAUAAAGAUCUCUGCUAUGCACAGACUAUUGACUGGAGUAGAAUUAAAAAUUCAUCAGAGCACGAGAGUCUCUUGUCCAAUAAUAGAAAUGAAUCUGAAUGCGUUAAGGAUGGUCUGGUGUGUGAUGAACAAUGCUCCAGUGAAGGAUGUUGGGGACCUGGCCCUUCACAGUGUCUUUCUUGUAAAAAUUUCAUGCUUGAUAAUGUAUGUAUCGAGAGCUGCAGUAUUAUACCUGGAAUUUACCAAUCUGAUGCUCGUAUUUGCAAACGUUGUCAUGAAGAGUGUGAUGGUUCAUGUGAUGGUCCAAACGCUGAACAUUGCACAAAAUGUAAACAUCUUCGCGACGGUCCAUUUUGUGUCAAAGAGUGUCCCUCGUCUAAAUACAAUGAUAAUGGCCAUUGUAAAUCCUGUCAUGAAAACUGUGUAGGAGGAUGUGAGGGUCCAGAAAACAAUAUAGGACCCAAUGGAUGUCAUAGUUGUGUAAAAGCUAUUAUGAAUGGCCAUGUUCCGGAAGGAUGUUUACAAAAACGUGAGCCAUGUCCUGAAGGCUAUUACUACGAGUGGGUGAGUCCCCAAGAGCAAGGAUCAUUGAAACCUCUUGCUGGAAAAGCAGUAUGUCGAAAGUGUCAUGCACGAUGUAAAAAAUGUACUGGUUAUGGCGUCCACGAGCAAGUUUGUCAACAAUGUGUAAAAUAUAAAAGAGAUGAACAUUGUGAGGAUGAAUGUCCAGCUGAUCAUUAUGUAGAAGUUGAAUCUCAAUUAUGUAUACCUUGUUCAUCGGAAUGUCGUAGCUGCUAUGGUCCAGGUUCUAAUCAAUGUCAUAAGUGCCGUAAUUUCAAAUUAUACCUAGAAUCAACACCGCCAUAUGAUAACACAACAAGAUUUAACUGUACAGAAACAUGUCCAUCAGAAGUUCCUCAUAAAAUUUUUCCUCCUGAUGAUGAACCGUACUGUUCUUUUGAACCAGUACUUGGAUCAUCUCAUUUAGAAAAUGAAUUUCUAAACCGACCUCUGGUUCUCGCAAUCAUUGGUGGAGUAAUGACUUUUGUUAUGAUUGCCGGAGCAAUUAUAAUGUGGCAAUGGCGACUAAAGACAAAAGCUAAAGAGAAUACUGUUAAAAUGACGAUGGCUCUUACUGGUUUAGAUGAUAAUGAACCAUUAAGGCCAACAGGUGUAAAACCUAAUCUAGCAAAACUAAGAAUUAUUAAGGAAGAGGAAAUGAGAAAAGGUGGGAUUCUUGGAUAUGGAGCAUUUGGGAAUGUUUAUAAAGGUGUAUGGGUUCCUGAAGGAGAAAAUGUUAAGAUUCCAGUAGCCAUUAAAGUUUUACAUGACAACACAGGAGCAAAUACAUCAAAAGAAUUCCUUGAUGAGGCUUACAUAAUGGCUAGCGUUGAACAUCCCAAUCUUCUUCAACUUUUAGCAGUUUGUAUGACUUCUCAGAUGAUGUUGGUUACUCAAUUGAUGCCUUUAGGCUGUCUCUUAGAUUUUGUACGCACUUAUAAAGACAAAAUUGGUUCAAAACCUCUUCUAAAUUGGUCAACACAAAUUGCUCGUGGUAUGGCUUAUCUUGAGGAACGACGAUUAGUUCAUCGAGAUCUUGCAGCAAGAAAUGUACUUGUACAGACGGCCAAUUGUGUAAAAAUUACCGAUUUUGGUUUAGCUAAAUUACUAGAUAUUAAUGAAGAACAAUAUAAAGCAGCAGGUGGCAAAAUGCCCAUUAAAUGGCUUGCUCUUGAGUGUAUUCAACAUCGUGUUUUUACUCAUAAAUCUGAUGUUUGGGCAUUUGGAGUUACAAUAUGGGAAGUUUUUACCUAUGGUGAAAGGCCUUAUGACAAUGUUCCGGCACGUAAUGUUCCUGAAUUACUUGAAAAAGGAGAGAGAUUACCUCAACCAGCCAUCUGCAGUAUUGACGUUUAUAUGAUUAUGAUCAAAUGCUGGAUGUUGGAUGCAGAAUCAAGACCAAGCUUCAAAGAAUUAGCUGACGAUUUUGCAAAAAUGUCGAGAGAUCCUGGUCGUUAUCUUGCCAUUAAAGGAGAUAAAUACAUGAGAUUACCGUCAUAUACUCUACAGGACGAAAAAGAAAUGAUUCGACAUCUAACAUCAACAGUUGAGGAUCCUGAGGCAUUAGUUGAUGGUGAUGAGUAUCUUCAGCCAAAGUCACGUGCACCAAUACCACCGAGACUUGCAGCAUCAAGUAUUGUUGAUUCUCCGCCUCCCACGCCAGUAAAAACGAGUUGGCCAAACGGAACAUUAUCAGCUCUCACAACGGAUUCUCCAACACCUCAAAAUCAACAAAAUUGGGAUCGUGAAUUACUCACGAGGUAUAAUGCAGGCACUCACACCAGUGAAAGUGCAUCGAAUAAAGUUCCCAAUCGCCAACGUAUUCAACAUCAAACCAACUGCACUCAUCCUAGCGAUCAAAAUUGUCGAAGCGUGGUUGGGAAGGAUGGUAAAUCACGAUAUUGUUCGGAUCCAUUAAAAAUAAUCGGUGGAACAAGGGAUUGUGACGUGACUGACGAUGGUUUCCAAACAGAGGCUACAAAUGUACAUCAGCAAGCUCAAGUAGGUGGUCUCAAGCUCGAUUUACCUCUGGAUGAAGAUGAUUACCUCAUGCCUUCACCACAAAUCCCCACUAAUGCCGCACAAUACAUGGAUCUUAUUGGAGACACGAAGCCCACCGAAUCAGAUCCAAAAGUGGUAAUGAAUGGUUAUCGAACAUAUCCAGAAUUCACAAGUAUAGCAGGUAAAACGUCUCUGGAUAAUCCAGAGUAUUUAAUGUCUCAGGACGGUCCUCUGAGUCCCCAGAUUAUUGGUAUUCCAACAGUAGAUCUGGAUAGGGUACUUACCGGUGGUACGUUUGGUUCUCAAGUAAAGCAACGAUGCUCUGAAGAAGAAUCUGACCAUGAGUACUACAAUGAUUUCGAUCGGCUUGAACGUGAACUCCAACCCCUCAAACCAUUGCGAAAAAAUGAAACGACCGUAUAGCUUGCAGUUACCUUAGUUAGGCGAACAAACUAAAUAGUUCUCUUGAAAUUCUACUGCUUUACAGAAAUCAUUUGCAGUACUUGGUUCAAACUGAUUAAGUAUAAGAGUAUACUAUCGGCAUUUACUACCAUGUAGAGUGGAGAUAUACUGAUUAUUGCCUUAGUAAUUUUGCCAUUCUUUAUCUCUCAAUAGUAUACCCGAUAUACUAUUUUAUUUAUACUAGUGCAAAGAAGAGUAAUAAUAAUUGACAUUGACCUAAAGUGCCAUUUAUGUGGCGUGUAAAUAUUAAAAUAUUGAUUUCAAAAUAGUCUAUAUAAUAACUUAAAAACUGAGUCCAAUUUUAUUUUUAUUUUUACGACUAGUAUUUUUUUAAAUAAAAAAUGUUAAUAGUUAAAAUUUUACAAAUAAUGAACCGUAUUCAUUGAUCCCUGUCGAUGACAGACCGCAAUUACUUGAAGCAAUUAAAUAAUAAUAAAUGUUUUAAUUAUUUUCGAAAUACCACGUAAUCAUGUAUCUUAUUUUAAGUAUUAUCAAGUUAUACAGCAUUAUCAAUUUUAUAUUGUAUAGUAUACAUCAGUAUUUUAUACUCUUGACAUGAACAAAAUUACCUGUAAUAUAAAUAUAUUUAUAUAUGUUUCAAGUACUUGGCGGUAAUAAUAAUGAAUAAACGGUAUCUUAGCGCAGUAUAUUGACUGCUAACUGUGAUGGAGUAAUUUUAUAAUUUUUUUUUUAGAGUUUAAUAUAAGUUUUGCGGACCAAUAAAAUUGGACCAUGUAAGAGGUAUGAAAAAAUUCCUCGCUAGAAAAAAAAAUCGACUUUGUAAAUAACAAUUAAUUAGGUUUAAUGACAAUAAUUUAACUUGCUUAUAAACAAUUGAUCAACUGUGAGACAAGUACUUGAAAAAAAUAACUAAUCUUUUUUGUUGUUGUUAUUAGGGUAAAUAAUUAUAUAAAAGUCCCAUUCAUUCUGUAUUUUAAUAUUUUUAUAUAGCAUUAGCAUGUGCCAUUUUGUGCAAAAAUACAACGAAACAUAACAUUACAAUUGCCGAUUUGUGGAAAAAACAAAAUUAAUUUUAUUAACUAUGGUAUUUUAAUUAAAUAAACCUAACUAUUUGAAAUUACAGUUUCAAUCAACUAGCCAUACAUCUCUAUAGUUCAGCAACUUUUUACAUUUAUUUACACGAUUGUACAUUUUUGUAUUAAUUGUUACGUAUUAUCAUAAUGACAUUAUAAUUAGGCGU